AUGCCCUCACGAACAAGAUCUGGAUCUCUGGCAAACACCAUAGCGGUCAAGGGACCAGCCGCACCGGAACUUACACCAUCGCUUCUGGAUGAUCAGGAUCUACUUCGCAAACUGCGAGAAAUUCGCUCAACGCACCCUAAAAAACCCAAACCGCUUGACAGUCAACAUUCUCAGGCUCGCGGCGACGGCCCCAGCUACGCAAAAUAUGAAAACUACCUGUCCAGUCUCAACAGCAGAACCGCGGAAUAUCAGGCCGUCAUAGAUCAAACACAAGCCAUUGAUGACCAGCUGGCUCUUGCUAUUGCUGAAUUCGGAAGUUUGUCGACCAAAACCGAGACUUUCACGACCACAAUCGGCCAGUUGUUCCACAAUUUCAACAACCUCGAAAUACUGCACAAAUCUUUGGACGAUUACAUGACGAAUUUUGACGCUUUGGAUCCGAUUGUACGCUGGCUACACCAUUCCAAUUCCGCUAGUAUUGUCAAGAGAGACUCUUUUCGCCUGAAACUGGCUAAAAUAGAUGCUUCUCUCUUGUUCCUCGAGCAACACCAAGACUUUGCUGAUUCCGAAACGUACCGCAUCAAAUUUAAACAAAGCUUGAUGCGCUGCUGUAACAUGAUGGUAAGCUACCUCACCAGCUCGUUGAAGGCUCUUUAUAAUGAAGUUGCCAGAUCUCUAGAAACUACGACAGACUUAGCCACGCGUGAAGCACUGCUCUAUAACAAGUUCAGAUCGCGUGCUGUAGAUUUUUACUCCAUUUCCGAAGAGCUUUCAACCCGCUGUUCACACACCAGCAACAAUAGGUACCGCGAUGACGUGAAAUCCGCCUUGCAAAAUUGUUACCUUGAAUAUUUUCAGAUCCGUUCAAAACUUUUGCAACCCUUGAUUCGAAACCAGCUCAAUGAACUGAAUACCGAAGACUCUGGCUUCUCUUUGGUGAAAUACAUCCAGGACAGCCUACUGUUUUUUUCGCAGCUUUGCCAUAAUGAAUACGAUCUGAUAGCACAGUUCUUUCCCGAAGCAGAGGGAAAAAGCUUUUUCAAUAAUGGACUUUUCCGUCUCUGCGAGCCCUUACAUGAUUCUGUUCGCGAAAAAGUUCUAAGAGAGAAUGAGGUUACAGUUUUAUGCGACUCCGUCACUCUACUCAAUAAGUUCUAUCAAUUUGAGGAGGAUUCUAAGGAAUAUCAAGACCAGUUCAAGAGUGUCUACUUAGAUAAGAUUUUUGAGCCAAUUCUACAAGACGUUCAGUACAGACUGAUAUUUCGUGCUCAGAAAUAUGUCGAAUCGAACAUAGUGAACUUCAGACCCACCACGGAUGCCUUCAUAAUCAAUCAUCGCAAGUCUAUUCCAGCAAAUUCAGAAAACAAAAAUGCUGUUGUAACUUCCUUUCUUGACAGUAUAUCUGACUUCGAAGAAGAGGUGGAUGAAGUUCGCAGUUGUUAUCCCCCAGUUUUAAGAGCGGUAGCCCUUCUUUCGAGAAUCUACCAAUUGGUCAACUCCUCCAUUUUUGACAACCUCGCUCAUCACAUUGUGCAUGAUUGUAUCGAGUCGUUAAGAUCGGCUUUUCAGCUUGUAAAACAUUCCGAAGAUACAUUGGAGCCACGACUCGCCUGUUUGAAAAAUUUGUUGAUGCUUCGCAAACAAGUCCAGGCAUUCGAGAUUCAGUACGUCUGUAACGAAAAGUAUGUUGACUUUUCCGGCCUUACGGAGUUUUUGAGGUCUUUCGCUAUUGGAGGAUCUAUGAAUGUCUCCAGCACAUCAGUAUUAGAUCUAACCACGGAGAACGGACCGCUGGUGGUCCGAGACAUGGUCGACGCACGUUCAGAGCUAACAAUGGAGCUAAGAAGGGCUGUCAAAGAUUUGACGGAUGCGGCCGUCAAGGACUUGGUAGUCGAUUGCCUCGACAAUGACGAUGACUUAUUGGCCAAAAACAAGCAGCUGCGCGCCAAUAUUGAGGCGAACUUGCCCAGGCUUUACGAACGUAUGUGCAAUUUUGUCGGUGAUGUUGAAAUCAGGUCCCACUUGAUCGACGCAAUUCAAGAGUCGUUGGCUCGCUCUUAUUCCAUAUUUUACGAACAUGUUGCAGAACUAGCGUCAAAUGGAAAAGUCAAUAAAGGUGAAUUUUCUGAGUUGAUGUACGUUGACGUGCUUGUUGAGCUGGUAAAUAAUGUGGCCAGUUCCCUCGAGCAAAAUUAA